CUCCACACAACCAGGUAAGAGCCCUGCUUCUGCCGAUCACACAGCAGGGAUGUGUGGGUUGUGUGUCCAGUGUGUCCAAGCUCUGUCAAGCUUUCUGACUGCCAUCAUCUAUAUAUAAUGAUGUACAGUAAAGUCUUAAAGCAGUACGACAGCAUGUCUCAGCAUACUCUGAUGUCAACACAGGAGAGGAAAAUGCAGGCGGCUGCUAUUUGUAGAGAGAUCCAUGCCACUGACGAACUAGACAUGGAUCUUGGGAGGAAAGUUAGCGCACCGAAGGAGAUCAUGUUGGAGGAACUUUCCUUAGCAUCAAACAGGGGCUCCCGUCUCUUUAAGAUGCGUCAGAAGCGCUCAGAGAAAUACACCUUUGAAAGUAUUCAGAAUGAAGCCAACACACAGCACAAUACUGAUGCCAUUUCUCCGGGCCCAAGUGUUGAAACAACAAAUGUUUUAAGUAAUGAACAGUGUCUUGGAGUUGACCAGGUACCAAAUACACCCAAUCCUGAGAGUAUUGCCCCAGGUUAUGGUGGUCCCCUGAAGGAUGUUCCAGCAGAAAAGUUCAACUGUACAGCAAUGCCCAGAUCCUACCAGUCGCCCUGGGAACAAGCCCUCAUCAGUGACCCCUCUCUGGCCGAAACGCUGGUCGCCCGCAUGCCUGAACCUGAAACCAGACAGGAGAUUCCUCAAUACAAGAGCUUCAACAGGGUGGCUAUUCCAUUCGGCGGGUUCGGGAAGGCACCCAAAGUCCCGGUUAAAACUUUCGAUGUGAACCCCAGCCACCCCAUUCCAAGUCCCGUGGUCGCAGCACCCGCCGUGGUCAAACGGCCCACCUUCAACAGAACGGCCUCGGGCUGGGUGAAUGACAGCGCCCCUCUGAUAAUGCCCAGCAUCCACCUUGAGCCCAUAUCAUCCAUGUCUUCCACAUUUAUUCCCGAAUCAGAUGAACUCUGAGCGUUAUCCUUGUUUUUGUGAGCUUGAUUGUCACUGAAAUAUACAUCACUGGUCAAAUGUUUGGAAUAAUUAAGAUUUUUUUUACUGUUUUUGAAAAAAGUAUCUUAUGCUUAACAACGCUGCAUUUAAAUCUAACAAAUUUAAAUUUAAAUACAGUAAUAUUGUGAAAUAUUAUUACAAUUUAAAAGAACUGUUUUCUAUUUGAAUAUAUUUUAAAAUGUCAUUUAUUUCUGUGAUGCAAAGCUGAAUUGUCAGCAUCACGAUUCAGUCGUCAUAAUUCUUCAGAAAUCAUUCUAAUAUGCUGAUUUUCUGCUCAAGCAACAUUUAUUAUAAUUAUCAUUUAUUAUCAAAGCUGCUUUAUAUUUUUGUAGAAACCAUGAUAUAAUACCAUUCAAAAGUUCAAGGUAAGAUUUUAUUUUAUUUUAGAUUUUAUUUUAUUUUAUUUAUUUUAUUCAGUAAGAAUGCAUUAAAAUGAUAAAAAGUGACACAAAAAAAAUGUAUAAUGUUACAAAAGAUUUCCAUUCCAAUAAAUUACGUUCUUUUAAAUUUUUUAAAGAAUCAUUUUUUGAAGAGUUUCCACAAAAAAAAAAGAA